AAUUCCCCAGCAAUCGGAGCACCAGACAUCAGCUGCUCGAGCUGCCUGCCACAUCUCCAUAAAAUCUCCGCAGCUGACGGCGAAUAUCUUCGAAAUGCCACGCCCAGUUCUGCUCAUCCACGGUGGAGCCGGUGAUAUAUCGGACUCCAGGAUAGCGGGCAAGUUCGCGGGCAUUAAGCAGGCCCUGCGCUCCGCCUGGGGGCUACUGAGUCCGGACAAUGGCAGCGGCGGAGGCAGUGCCCUGGACGCCGUGGAGGCGGCGGUGCGCAGCAUGGAGCUGGACGAGAACUUCAACGCCGGCUACGGCUCCUGCCUGAACACCAAUGGCCAGGUGGAAAUGGAGGCCAGUUUGAUGGAGGGUCGCGAUUUGCGAGCCGGCUGCAUAACCCUGCUGCAGGAUGUGAUGCACCCGAUUACAGUGGCGCGUCGCCUGAUGGAGAAGCAGCGGCACACCUUCCUUGGCGGCGCAGCGGCCCAGGAGCUUGCACUGGCCACGGGCAGCGAGCGACUGCAGCCGGGAGCACUGGUCACCGAGGGCGCUCGCUUCACGCUGAAGGAAUUCCAGGAUCAGAUGACCCAGGGCAAGGAUCCCUUCUUUGCCCGCACGGAACUGGCCGAGGACAAGCCGGUGCCGAAAACGGAUCCCAGUGGCGAAACAGUCGGUGCAGUGGCCAUGGACGCAUCGGGCCAAAUUGUGGUAGGCACCUCCACCGGCGGCAUCACCGGCAAGUGGCCGGGUCGCAUUGGGGACACACCCAUUCUGGGCAGCGGCACCUAUGCGGAUAACUGCCGUGGAGGCGUCUCCACCACCGGACACGGCGAGACCCUCAUGCGUUACAAUCUGGCCCAGCGCAUUCUGGCCGCCAUGGAGUACCAGGGACUGUCCGCCCAGGCCGCCGCCGACAAGGAGUGCCGCGAGAUGACCAAACGGCUGGGUGGCACUGGCGGCGCCAUCGUGGUUGGCCACUCCGGUGACCUGGGCAUCAGUUUCACGUCGCGUCGCAUGGCGUGGGGAUAUGUCCAGGAUGGCACCAUCUUUUACGGCAUCGAGGGUCAGGUGGUGCACCAGGAGCCGUUCACAGUUUCCACGUAACUAAAUUCGGAGUACCUAUCCAAGGAUUUAUGAAAUAUUCCGGUAUUAAAGAAUCCUCUAAACUUCAGAAAGUUAAUCCAUAAAUAAAUUUUACUUGUUUCAAUAAGAAGCACAAGCAUUUGUUUUAAAUAGUUAGUUCAUUUGAUCAAAAGAAUAUAUAAAUAAAUUAA